CGCGCGCGCGGCCCGUGCGGGUGCUGGUGGACAUGGACGGGGUGCUGGCCGACUUCGAGGCCGGGCUGCUGCGCGGCUUCCGCCGCCGCUUCCCCGGGGAGCCCCACGUGCCGCUGGAGCAGCGCCGCGGCUUCCUCGCGCGCGACCAGUACCGGGCGCUGCGCCCCGACCUGGCGGACAAAGUGGCCAGUGUGUACGAGGCCCCGGGCUUCUUCCUGGACCUGGAGCCCAUCCCCGGAGCCCUGGCCGCCAUGCGCGAGAUGGACGCCAUGCGCGACACCGAGGUCUUCAUCUGCACCAGCCCCCUGCUGAAGUACGACCACUGCGUGGGCGAGAAGUACCGCUGGGUAGAGAAGCACCUGGGGCCCCAGUUCGUGGAGCGCAUCAUCCUGACGAGGGACAAGACGCUGGUCUUGGGGGACCUGCUCAUUGAUGACAAGGACACCAUUCGAGGCCAAGAGGCAACUCCGAGCUGGGAGCACAUCUUGUUCACCUGCUGCCACAACCAGCACCUGGCCCUGCCCCCCACCAGGAGAAGGCUGCUCUCCUGGGGUGACAACUGGAGGGAGAUCAUAGACAGCAAACGGGGAGCCCUGCAGCUGGACCCAAAGGGCCCGGAGCUGCUGCGGGAAUAAGCCGAGGGACACGACAGUGGGAGGGGAGGCAGACUGGCAGGGAACCCCAGCAGCACCCAGGGCAGGGCAGUGCCCCGGCUGGGCGGGAGAUAGUGAGAUGUGGUCUCACAGGCCAGCCGGCGGAGCCUCGUGGGACAGCCGGCCUGGAAACCUGGUGGGAAAACAGUCAGGAAACUUUUAAUAAAACACUUUGGCUGAUUGGGUUUUUGAAGGUCCUUUAUUU